GUACUUGCCUGGGUUUUAAUCUAUUUUAUAAAAAAUUGUUCUGAGUUUGGCUACUAGAGAAGAUAAAGAAGUAGAACAGAGGCUUUUUUGGGUGUAAAGAACAAAGGUUGUGAACUGCUAAAACGUAUAACUACUUCACUGUGGUGUUAGAUUUGAGUCCAUCAAGAUUCAAGACUCUGUUUGAAUAACGCUUACCUUUUAUUUCACAUAAGGUCUAUGUCUUGAUAUAUAUAGAUUCAUUGCUAAUAAUAAUGAUAUUGAUACCAACGUGUCAGGACAUACGUGUGCCCUGCUGCAGCCUGCAGUUGUUGAAGUGAAAGUGGUAACAUAUACUUAUGAAAAUGACGGGCUCGUGACGGAGGAUGAUGAAAUGAUUAAUAAAGUUUUCUCCUUCCUCUGUAUAUGCAGUAAAAGCACACAAAAUGAGAUUUCAAGACACGAGUCCUAACGAACGCCAUGCAAUUUAUUAUUGUUCCAUAUAUAGCAUAUUAUAUCAUUUGGCUGUGUUAUAUUGUAUUGAUCUUGCCAGGAGUACAAGACGAACACCAACUAUAAAACAGACAAAAGAAUUUGAAAUCACAUGUAAUGUAAGUAGUAGAAUAUUACUAUUGUUUUAGUAAUUAAGUUAAUUUAAUUUGUAAUUUUAUCAAUUAGAUUAUUAAUUUUCUUUUUCUAAUGAUUUUGUUUUCCCCGACCAAUUCUAGUCAAAGCUCAUUUAAAAAUUCAAAACUUAAAAGGAAAAUCUAAUGUAGUUUACUUUUUUCCCUGUUUCCGACAAGAGACAUUAGUAAAUAACUAAAUAUUAGAGGGUGGCAGUGACUUGCCCUCCAAGCGAAAGAUCGUUGGUUCAAACAAUUUUAAAAUGACGUUUCAAAAUUGACACGAGACUACUACCAUUACUCUCUUUUUAAACACAUCAAUAGACUCAUUAGUCAUUAGCAUUAAAAUUUUAUUGGUGAGUGACAUCCUCGUGACUAAUCAAUCUCACACGAGAAGGUCCCACAGACUGGCGCAUGAGUUAUUGGCGUGGAAGACUUAAAAUGGCUUGGAGACCAAGCUAUUAAGGUAGGACAAAAGCUCCACUCUCGAUACGGUAACUAACACGUGUCAGAGAUAUAACGUCUCAAUCUGAGAUGCGGAAAGCCGUUUUGGAGUCCCCAAUGGGUCACGAACCGCGUUAAUUUCCCUAAUACAAAGACCGAUGUAAUUUCCGGUUUACCAUCUCUUUCGGUUUAUAAACCAUAAUACUACAAAAAUUCAGUAUACAAUUGUAAUGAGUUUUUUUAAUUUUAUUUUAGUUCAUGAGUAAAAAGAGUAAGUUCCUCUAUUAUGAAUACUGCUAAACCGGUUUGAACAAAAAAAAGAAUACUGCUAAACCGGUUUGAAUACCGUAUUAAUAUCUCUCUACAGUUAAACAAAAAGAUACAAUUUUAGAAAACAGUAAAUAUUCCAAAAAAUCACAUUAAAUAAAAAUGGCCAUAAAAGUAAAAGGAGAAUAUGGAAAUAAUAAAUGUCAUGACUUAUAUAUUUAAGUAAACAAUGUUCCUAAGAAACGGCGAGUCUUCCUUCUUUAACAUUUUGACUCAUAUCUUUUCUUUCUCUCUACGAUUCAUCACAGUUAAAAAAAAAAAUCAUCUUUAGUUUCUCUCUCUUUUGGUGAUUAUUACAGAGUUCGAGAGAUGGAGAGAGGAUCAAGAAGAGUAAAGUUCACGGAACAUUGCACGGUCAAACCCGUGCCAGCUAAACCAUCCAACGGCUCUCCGAGAGUGGUCCGAAUCUCUUUCACCGACCCUUUCGCCACUGACUCAUCAAGCGACGAAGAAGAAAACGACAAGGCUUCUCCGACUCCGAGAGUGAAACGGUACGUGGAGGAGAUUCGAUUCGGCGAAACCAAACCCCCGAGAAAAGCUAGAUGCAAGGCGGAGAAGAAAGGCUGCGGCGGCGAGAGAAAGGCUAAGGCUGACGUGUCAGCGAAUCCCAUAAAGUACAGAGGCGUGAGGCAGAGGCGGUGGGGAUCCUUCGCGGCGGAGAUAAGAGACUCCGCGAGCCGUACUCGGAUUUGGUUAGGGACUUUCGCCACGGCGGAGGAAGCCGCCGUUGCUUACGACCGAGCCGCGAUUCGUCUCAAAGGUCACAACGCUCUGACUAAUUUUCUUACUCCUCCUUCGCCGGAGGAAACAACGCCGGUUAUCGAUCUUAAAACGGUCUCCGGAUGUUAUUCCGGGAGCCAGAGCCUCUGUUCUCCGACGUCUGUUCUUCGGUUCAACGUCAAAGAGGAAACGGCGGAGGUGAAGCCUGACGUGGCGGGAUUGUUUCCUGAUCCGUACUCGUUGCCGGAGUUUUCUCUCGCCGGCGAGUGUUUCUGGGAUUCUGAGUUUCCUCCGGAGCCGUUGUUUGUGGACGAAAUCGAAAUCCGUAAACCGGUUCCGAACCGGAGAGACGAUGACGAACCGGAAGAGUUUUCGUUCCGGUUGAAUGGAGAUUUCGAUUCAACUCCGUGGGAUGUCGACAAUUUCUUCGAGCUUGAUUAAUUAAGAAAAUCGAUUUUUUACUGGUUCUGAGAUUUUUGUGACGAUGAUGAUGACGUGGAUGCAUCUAGGCCGUGUGCUUGUCUUUUCGUUCAUUGACGUGGACGGUUCUGAUCGGCUGGACGCUGGAGCGCGAGAAUAGCUCUGUUUAAUUUUAGUUGUGGCUGGUUAAGUACUUUAUUUAAGAUAAAAAAUGUCAGUGUCGCUUUAAGGUUUUUUGGCCCAGCAUUUUCGUUAUUUGCUCGUCUCAGCAUGAGGAGGCAGAAUAUACGAAGUGUUUAUAAUGUUUAUAUUAACAAUAUUUUUUUUAUCAACUGUAAUUCCCCAUCUUUUCCAUUGUUAUUUCGUACUUUGCAUAAAUCUUUCUAAUAGCAUCAUGUAAUGACAAGUCUUAUGAUAAACAAAAUCUCCUUUUUAGAAUUUGAA